AUGCCUUUCAAAUGCUCGGAAUGCGGGCAAGAGUCGAAAUUCGCUUCGCUUUCCGUCUGUCAUCAAAACAAGAAGCAAAGUUUUCAAAAACUUAAAGAAUUGCUCGUGUGCAAGAGUUGUGAGAAGAAAGCACAGCACAAGAUUUGCAUUCAGCAUCAUGAGGCGGCGAAAACAAUGGGUGAUGCUUUCGAUCGAAAAGUCGAGCAGAUCACCUGCGACGAGUUGCCCGAGAUACGUGAAGAGCUUUACGAGUUUGGAAAGAAACUCAACGAUAAAGUCAAUUUAAUUCGUGCACGCAACAAAGAGAUGUGGGAUGAGAUUUAUGGGAAAACGGGAAACAUCGAAUAUGCGAUGAAUUUACUCGAGAGAACAUUGGAUGUCGAUGAAGAGGUUCAGCAAGUGAAAGAGCUAUUGAAGAAGAUCGAGAAGAAAUUGAAACAAGAGAUAACUAGCAAUCAAAACGUUAAUCGAACCAUGUCAUCAGCGUCAUUCGAAGAGAUGAAUGGGAGCUCGGUGGAAUUGAUACCAGAUGACUACAUCCCACCGCCACCCUAUGAAGAGGCUGACUGCGAUUUGGUGAACAGGUCGUCUCCAGAAUCGGCAAAUCCUUUGAGACCG